UUUCUCGACCUGAGCCCCGCACUCUGCCAGCCGAGCCAACUGCGGCCGGCAGCUGGGACGCAAGGCAGCUGACGUUACCUAACAACCUUGCGCCUCGCCAACAUCAAUCAAUCCACUGCCUUGCAACGACAACGACAUCACUACCUCGAAACGCUCGCGCAAACCUCACCGUCCCCCUCGACGACGUCCUUCUUUUCGGGCCAAACCCUUUUGUUCAAAUAACAUUCUAGAAUCACAGCCGCCACCAUGGCAAAUCGACAACUCGCUCGGGAUAUGCAAACCGAGUUUCAGGCGCGAUUCAACGCCAAGCAAGCCCGCCGCGAAGCCCAAAAGGCGGCCAAACAAGACAACGAGCUAAAGAAGCAAAUCCAAAACCUCCUCAAAAAAGGCGAAACCGCCCAAGCCGCCCAAAAAGCCCGCAUGCUCCUUGCCAAACAAGCCAUCGCCGCCCAAAUGGACCAAGCCGCCGACAUGGCCGAGCUCUCCCUCGCCCAGAUCCAGGCCAACAACGCAAUGAACCGCAUGACGCACAUGAUGGCCCAGUCCUCCCGCACGAUGCAGCGCGCCCAGCGCCAGGCCAACCCCGAAAAGACGCUCCUGACCCUCGAGCAGUUCCGCAGCCAGAACGAAGAGUACGCCAUGUCCAAUGGGAUUUAUCAGGACGCCAUGACGCAGAACACUUCGGUGCAGGUCAGCGAUGAUGCUGUGCAUGAGCUGUUGGGCAAGUUGGCGGAUGAUGCGGGGUUGGAGUUGAACCAGGAGCUGGCAAAGGCGAGUGCGAGCAAGGUUGAUCCGGUGAAGGAGCCGGCGCAGGCCGUGGAGCCGACGGCGGAGGAGGAGGAUGCGCUGCAGCAGAGGUUGAGGGCUUUGCGGGCAUAGAUUUUUGGGAAGGGUAGUGGAUGGGAAGGGAACGACGAACACGAGAUUACGAAAUGAGGUAUAUUUGGUUUCCUGGGUUAAGGAGGAAGAAUUUCUAUUUUUCGUUUUGGCGUUUUGGCGUUUAUCGGGUUUGAUACUGCCCGGCAUGACGCUUUGGAAGUCCCAAGAGAACUUUACAAUGGGUUAUGAUCCUGGUGGUGGGGGGAAAGUGUUGGAAUAGAUCACACGUCACAGUCAAUUUGGGUCACAUGUGGCCAAGAUAUAUCAAGAC